AUGAGGACGAGGAGGCAGCAUAAGCGACCAGUGAGCACUGGACCAGAUCUUUUCGAUCAGUACAAUGGUUUCACUGUUAACACUUUGUGUUUCGACGCAGUGUUGCCGAAAUACAAGGAAGUAAUUCUUUUGGUUUCUUCUUCUGCUUUUCCUUGUAUUCGUCUCCUCGCACUCUUCAUUUUCGUUAAUUUCAGAAAAGAAUUGGAAAAUCCAUACGGUGAGAUUGGCGCAACGGCUGCUGAUGGGUUUGCUGGGCCCGUAGUUGUGUCCAGAAACAAGGCGGGCAGCUCACGAGAUCAUUGCGGCAGUCGUCUUUCACAUCCUAAUAUGGGUGAUAGCAAUGCAACAGCGCAUCACUUUCCAGUGUCUCUUGCACGGUCCUCUGCUACGAAUCGAGCACUGCCGAACUUAGUCCGUAGCUGUAUCAUUCUCUUAUUUUUCAUUGAUUCAGUGGAUGUCCGCAAAUUUCAUUCUGUGGUUAGGGAGCGAGAGAAUUAUUUGGACUUGGAAAAAAAUUUUAAGGAAAUCUUUGGCCAGAGUCGCCUGCAGCUGGAGAUUGCAAAUCGAAAGGCUGCUGACUAG